CAGCAAAGAGACAGGUUGAUUAUAGCCACUGAUGGGGGGAGUGAGGCAGUACACAAGAUCAAAGGUGCCACGGCUGAGAUGGACUCCGGAGCUUCACCACUGCUUUAUGCACGCUGUCCACCUUCUCGGUGGUCAUCACAAGGCCACACCCAAGAUGGUUCUUCAGCUCAUGGACGUGAGGGGACUGACCAUUUCCCAUGUCAAGAGCCAUCUCCAGAUGUACAGGAGCAUGAGAAAUGAUUUGGGCAGACAACAAGGUAGAAGUCACAGCAGUGCUGGACAAAAAAGACCAUCUUUUUCAGAUGAUGAACCUGAUGGGUGCAUAUUAGUCGAACACCCCGAACCCAGUGACAGAAACAUACUUCACACAUCCUCGAAACCCAAUAAAGAAGACUCAUCUAAAUCAGAUUAUCAGUCGUUCAUGCACUGCGUCUGUGAUUCACUCCGGUGUAGAGUGGAGACGACGACGGCAAGUUUGAUGGAAACUUCAUGCACUGAUCUGCAGAUGAUGAUCAAGCCUGAGUACUAUGCAGUGGCAGAAUCUGAUUUUCUCCAGAUAGCAAAAGCAGAAGAAGUUCAAGAGCACGUGCCGCGAAAGAAGACGAAACGAACCGGCGUGAGAAGUGAAGUCGGAGAACUCAAGGACAUCGACGGCUGUGGCUGCGAGUUGUCAUUGUCGCUGUCACUUCCGACGAAUAUUCAACCUUUCUUGCAGGGAAGUAACGCGUCCUCAGAAAGCGGGAUCAGCGAAGCAAUAUCAUCAACCUCGUCCCCAAAACUCUCCUCAUUCUCAUCCUAUGAAGAGCCUUGUGUCAACUUAGAUCUAUCCAUUGCUCUUUGCGGCGCAUAAUUCAUCUGAUCAUGUUUUCUUCCUUCAAUUCUUGCUGUGUUUAGUUCCUUCCCUGAAGCAUUUGUUCUGUAGGUACUAACUUGUUGGCUUCCAAAGAGUUCGAUUUUGAA